AUAUAAACACAUUUGUUUUGAUAACAUACCUAACGUAUCAGUUUUUACUAAUUUUUAUAUUCUUAUAUUCAUAAACUGACUAUUGAGUGAGCUACCCAGCGUCGUUUUGCGUCCGCGCUGUGAUCUGGGAAAUGUAGUUUAUUAUUACGUUCAGAAAAUUGGUCUUUGAACUACAGUCUUCCGGCGUUUAAUCAAAUUGUCUGUUUUCAUGUGAGCCGUGUACACACUGAAACUUUAUUUUCAGAUAGUGAGUUGUGUGAAGCUAACAUAAGCUAUGGGACGUGUGCAAGAAAAUUCGAAGUGGCCCAAAGUAUCAAAGUUCACUGUAUCUGCAUGCGCUGCCAGUGUUGCAGAAUUUGUCACAUUUCCCCUUGAUCUUACAAAAACGAGGCUUCAAAUACAAGGUGAAUAUGCUCCUGGGAAACACAGCAAAAGUGGAACUGUGUAUAGAGGAAUGCUACGCACAGCUGUGGGAAUAGUGCAAGAAGAAGGACCACUGAAAUUAUGGCAAGGGGCAACACCUGCAAUCUACAGACAUAUAGUUUAUUCAGGAGGCAGGAUGCUAGCUUACGAACAGCUCCGGGACAUUGUAUUGGGAAAAUCAGAAGAUGGCAGCUUUCCCAUUUGGAAGGCUGCAUUAGGUGGCAUGGUAUCUGGUGCUCUUGGCCAAUUCUUGGCCAGCCCCACUGAUCUAGUUAAGGUGCAGAUGCAAAUGGAAGGGAAAAGAAGGUUGGAAGGCAAACCACCAAGAGUACAUGGGGUUAUUCAUGCCUUUGCAAAGAUCAUGAAGGAAGGAGGGAUCCGGGGCCUCUGGGCUGGUUGGGUGCCCAAUGUACAAAGAGCUGCGUUGGUCAAUCUAGGAGACCUCACAACAUAUGACAGCGUUAAGCACUUUCUGCUAAAGACUACCUCUAUAGGGGACAAUUGUCUUUGCCAUGGAAUGGCAAGUACUUGUUCUGGUCUAGUAGCAGCUAUGAUGGGAACUCCGGCUGAUGUGAUUAAAACAAGAAUAAUGAACCAACCUCGGGACUCAAAUGGAAGGGGUCUCCUGUACAAGUCUUCCAUGGACUGCCUGGUUCAGUCUGUGAGAGGGGAAGGAUUACUAACACUUUAUAAAGGCUUUGUACCAACAUGGUUAAGAAUGGCUCCCUGGUCUAUGACAUUUUGGCUAACCUUUGAGCAAAUCAGACGUGCUGUGGGCAUCAGUUCAUUUUGAACAAAUGAAUCAAAGCAGUAAUAAAAAUAAACUAUUGUUAAUGAAAAGGUUCUGUGCCU